CUUUGAGAUAAUGUACAGGUUAAACAGGUUAUAUAAGCAUUGAAAGUCAAUUUUCAAGAUGACUCUGUGCAAAGGGAAAAUUUUGUUUCAGUGCCUGGCGUCAUCAAAUUCUCGUUUAUCAACUUUUAUACAAGUGCGAUCAAAAUGGUAUUCUGCUCAAUACCUGGAACCCACCAUAAACGAAAAAGAACUAAAGAAGCCAGUCACAGCUACUGAUCCUAGGUUGUUUCGACCAAUAAUGGCACCAAGGACAGAACAAUCAUUGUCAUUCACCUAUGUACCAGAAGUUCAGAAAUUUAUCAACAUAUUGAUGAGAAAGGGGAAGAAGGAGUUAUCCAGGAAUCUGUUGGAAGAGACCUUUAAGAAGGUGAAAGUGAUACAGUUAAAGAAAUAUAAGAAGGCAAAUAAAGAUGAGCAGUCUGAAAUAGAGCUUAAUCCUGUAAAUGUGUUCCUUGAAGCGGUGGAAAAUUGUCGCCCUAAUGUUCAUACCACAAGAGUCAUGCGAGGUGGGGUGUGGUAUGAGGUUCCUAUUGCAUGUAAUCCUGAAACACAGACAUAUAAAGCCAUGACAUUCUUGAUUAAGAGUGCUGCAGAGAAAGACAGAAAAGCAAAGUUCCCAGACAUGCUUGCAAAAGAACUCAUAGAAGCCAGUAACAAUGAAGGUAAGAGUGUAAAAAGAAAACAAGACCUACUGAAGCGGUGUGAUGACAACAAAGCAUUUGCCUCCUUCAGAAAUAGAUGAUUUUGUUUGUGCAUGAAUUGUGUGAUCAAUAAAGAUUAUGUUUGAGUCUAAAAA